AUGACGGUUCUUAAGAAUGCAAAUGCAGGAGAUUUUGACAAUGCGGUCAAGUGUAAUAUUUUAAAAUCUAUGAUGGGUGGAAAAUAUGCACCAGUACUAGCAAAUAAUGGUCUUGUAGUAGGAAAUUCAGCUAUAAAUUCUCCAGAUACACUACAGGCUUGGAUGAGAGCAAAAUAUCAGCGAGAGACUGUUGGAAAUCAACAAUCAGCUAUUCAAAGAUUAACUCAAGAAAGAUAUCAAUCCUAUGAUACUCCUAAUACAUAUGAAGCCAGAAUUCGACUACUAUUAUUAGGGGUAGUAAACAAUGAUGCGCAAGUUUUGGGAUUCCUUAAAAGCUAUUUAACAGGUGAUUUUUAUACUUGGAUGAGAAUCGCCAACCCUGCAGGCAUUAACGCAUUUUUCACUGAACUAAAAAAUAUGUGGUUAGAGCAUGGACAAAAUUUGAGUAGAAGGAUUUCAGAGGAAUUAAGUCAAAUUCCCAAUCAAAUACAAGCCUUACCUAGUAUAAAUCCAGUAUCCUAUUCUUUACCACUAGUUGCUCCA